AGGAGGUUUUCUUCUCAAGUCAGCAAAGAUCAAAACUCGACCGAUUCAAAUUCUUAUAGCAUUUUCAUUUUCCGAGAAAGUCGCAUUUAGCCAUUAAAGGAACUCUCGGAGUCGUGCUUUUGAAGGUUUAAGUUGAAUCUCGAGUUUCUUUUCUUCCAGAUCUGCUUCUACAGGAGGAUCAGAGAGAUCGAAAUGGUAAAAAAAGCGAAAUGGCUGAAGAACGUAAAGAAAGCGUUUAGCCCAGAUUUAAAGAAGUUGAAACACCAAUCGGUUGAGUGUCAAAAUAGUGUGAUCUCUUACCCUGUCUUGGUUGCCACAUCCAGAAGCUCUCCUCCUCAGUUUGAAGUGAGAGUUGAUGAGGUCAAUAAUGAAGAGAAGAAGAAGAAUCUGUGCCCUCCUCCUUCAGAUUCUGUGAUUGCUACAGAAGAAGAUGUUUUUGUAGAUUCACCUCCAUCUUCUCCUGAGUUUGUUCGUCCAGCUACACCUGAUAGGUUUGCAGGGAAGUCAAAGGAAGAAGCUUCUGCCAUCUUGAUCCAGUCUACAUUUAGGGGCUAUUUGGCAAGAAGAGAAUCGCGGGAGAUGAGGGGAUUGGCCAGACUUAAGUUAUUGAUGGAUGGAUCGGUUGUACAACGGCAAGCUGCAAAUACACUCAAAUGUAUGCAGACUCUCACUCGUGUACAGUCACAAAUCCGGUCUAGGAGAGUCAGGAUGUCAGAAGAGAAUCAAGCUCGCCAUAAGCAACUCCUUCAGAAGCAUGCCAAAGAGCUAGGAGGCUUAAAGAAUGGGGGUAAUUGGAAUGACAGCAAUCAGUCGAAGGAACAAAUAGAAGCAGGUUUGUUGAAUAAGUACGAGGCGACAAUGAGAAGGGAAAGGGCAUUGGCUUAUGCAUUCACACAUCAGCAAAACCUGAAGAGUAACUCAAGAUCUGCAAACCCGAUGUUCAUGGAUCCUAGCAACCCGACUUGGGGUUGGAGCUGGUUGGAAAGGUGGAUGGCUGACCGGCCAUGGGAGAGCUCAGAGAAAGAACAGAACAACAACAGUGAAAACUCCUCGGUUAAGACCUCGUCUAACCGUAAUUCCCAUCGAGGAGAAACCGCAAAAUCUUCGAACCGCAAAAACCUCAAUAGCUCGGCUCAACUCAAUACCCCAUCUUCAUCAUCAUUAUCCACCACAAGAAUCCCGAGAAAGAACAGGCCAACACCACCGUCCAUAAAAUCAAAGACCACCGAUGAAAACGCCAAGAGCUCGGAAAAGAAUCGUAGGCACAGCAUUGCAAGGUCAUCGGUUAGUGAUGACGAGAACUCAACGGCUCGACGUAGAAACAUGGUUCCCACAAAAUCAACAAGAGGCAAGCUCAAGGCCCAGAGCUCAUCAAGCGUCUCCGUAAUCACGACAACCAUGGAGGAAAAUGGUGUUUUACCGCAGAAAGCAGCAGCAAAGAAACGGAUCUCCUACUCGGCUUCUCCUGCACCCAAACCCAGACGAUCCUCAGCCCCGCCCAAGGUGGAGAACGGCCUUCUCAAGGCGGUGAGAACGCCGUGACCAGCCGAGUUAUUUAUAUACAAAUUUUAUCAUUAUAUAAUAUAUAUAUAUAUAUAUAUAUAUAUAUAUAUAUAUUUGCGCCAAGAAUGGUGUUCUGAGUUUUGUCUCAAACUAUACGCAAUGUUGUUGGUUACUAGAAUGUGUCGCUGUGAUUCAUUUGUGCAGUGUAAGUCUCUGA